UUGGUCCAUUCAAUCCACGCCGGCGCCGAGGCGCGCACAGUACGAGAUGGCAGAGUCCAGGAAACGCUGCGCUGGCCGGGUUGGGAGCAACGCCUUGCCGGUGCCCCGGGACCUGCAGCUGCCCCCGACCAAGAGAGACCAGCCGGCCUUCAGAGAACAAAGAAAACAAAAACUCAAGGAAUAUCUGUUAAUACGAAAAACAAUGUUUCCAUACAAACAAGAAAAUCAGAUAUCCAGAGAACAGAAAGUGAUGACAUCUGAAGAUCAGGUUCAAGAAGGGAAGAAAGUUCUGAAACACAAAACAGAAAUGGCUGAUAAAGAAAAUAUUGGAAACACGAUUGAAAAAAACUACAUUCCAUUAAAAGCUGAUGAAGCAACCAGUUCAGAAAUACACAACUUGAAGAAUAAUAUUCAAACUGUGCAGUUAUUAUCAACUAGAGAUGAUUUCCAAGGUCAGACUAUGGCAUCAGACCAGGCAUGUCACCUUAAAGAAAAUAAAAAGAUGCAAACAACUGCAGAAAAGCCCAAACAGGAGGCGAGCAUGCCUAAAAAACGAGUGCUUGGCUAUUAUCAUGGCCAGGUUGUUCAGUCUAAGAUUAAUUCAUUUAGAAAGCUUCCAAAUGUCAAAGGUGAGAGUCCUUCAGAAACCAAGAAACUUCCCCCCACUGUGUCUAAAGCCACAAAGGCUCAGUCUGUGCCUGUAAAUGCCAUCAGUAUAAGAGCCUCAAGUGUGACUGCUACCACCAAGAUUGUAAACACUAAAUCUGUGAGCACUACGUCCAAGAACACACUUGUGCGACCACCUAUUAGAAACCUCCAUAGUAAUACCCAGGGCACUAUGAGACAGGGCUUGGGCAGGACCCUUGCCAAUGUUACAAUCAGAAAAGGGCCUCUUGGAAAAGAAUUACAACGGUCAGAACCAGCUGUAACUGUUGUCAAUACCCGGCCUUCUCAGGACACAAAAAGAGAUAAGGCACCAUCAAGAAGUAUAACAUCUGGAGGUGUAGCCAGGACUCAUUUUUCUAAUACCAGACUGACAGAAAAGUCAGAAAAUAUGGACCAGCGCAGAUACACAGUAGCAGGAGCAACUCUUUCUAGAUCGGCUCAGUCCAAAGAAACCACAGAGGAGAGAAAAGCUCCAGUGACUGAGUGGAGAACUGGCAAAGGAAAAGGGCUAAAAAGGCCUCCUAACUUAAUAGCUAAUCAGUCUGAGCCAAAGGGACAAAGGGAAAGCCCAGUUGGUUCCUUUUGGACUACCAUGGCAGAAGAAGAUGAACAGAGAUUAUUUACUGAAAAAGUAAACAAGACAAUUUCUGAAUGCCUGAACCUGAUCAAUAAGAAGGGAUGCCCAAAAGAAGAAAUUUUAGACACAUUGAAUGACUUGAUUCAUAAUAUUCCAGAUGCCAAAAAACUUGUUAAAUAUUGGAUAUGUCUUGUUCGUAUUGAACCAGUCACAAGUCCUAUUGAAAAUAUUAUCUCAAUCUAUGAGAAGGCCAUUCUGGCAGGGGCUCAGCCUAUUGAAGAGAUGCGACACACAAUCAUAGAUAUUCUAACAACAAAGAGUCAAGAAAAAGUUAAUUUGGGAGAAAAUAUUGAGGAGGCUCAUGCAACUAAGGGACAUACCCAGGAAGUCAAAACUGAAGAAACAAGUGUCAAUCUAGAACCAGGAAAUCCAGGAGAGGAGAAUGAGGAUCAGAAGAAUGUUAAAGUUUGUGAAAACAAGGGAGACAAAGAAACAAAAGAUCCAGCCAAUGAUUGUAUAACCCCUGAUUCAAAAACUGAAGCAGGUUGCCUAAUUAGAUAUAAUGUAUCUUCUACACCAUGCUUGCAAAGUAUGAAAAAGAAGAUGCAACAUGGUAAUAAUUCCACAUUUAAAGAGCUGAAGUUUCUCACACCAGUGAGGCGUUCACGACGCAUUCAAGAGAAGACUUUACAACUUCCAGAUAUGUUAAAAGACCAUGACCCUUCUGUGUCCUCACUGGAACAGUUGUCUGAGUUGGGAGCGGAUGCUUUUGUUUGCCGCCCUAAUACAGCACUGUGCCCCCUGUUCUCUGAGACUGAGACUGACACAGCAGGAGAGAAAUAGCGCUCCUGAGAAAGGAGGGUGUUGUCUUAUUCCAGUGGUGGUUUGUCAUGUGCUUUUAUGUAGGUUUGAAGGUGUCCAUGUGCCUAUGUACAAUACAGUGAACUACUGUUUUUAAAAUGUAAUGUUAGUGUCUUCAUUUUACUAGUUACUUAUAGAAGUGAAGCAUAAUUUGAAUAUGUAGUCUAUAUAAAUUUAUAUUUUACAUUGACUUUGUACCUAAUAUGUUUAUAAUAAAUACCUGUAUAAUGUUCCAAUGA